GACCACAUCCCUUUCGGCCGGUCCCUGCCGCUCUUUCCCUUCGCUGCGUGGCCUUGGGCGAGCCCGGUCCUCUGCGGAGAGCGCCCCGCCCUCUGUGAAGGCCCGCCCGGGAAUUGGCGGCGGCGCUGCAGCCAUUUCCGGUUUCGGGGAGGUGGGUGGGGUGCGGAGCGGGACUUGGAGCCGCCGCCGCUGCUGCCGCUGCCGCCGCCCACAGAGCCUGCCUUGCGCCUGGUGCUGCCAGGAAGAUGCGGCCGGGGCCCGGAGGCUGCUGCUGUCGCCGCACGGUGCGGGCGAAUGGCUGCGUGGCGAACGGGGAAGUACGGAACGGGUACGUGAGGACCAGCGCCGCAGCCGCAGCCGCCGCCAGCCAGAUCCAUCAUGUUACACAAAAUGGAGGACUAUAUAAAAGACCGUUUAAUGAAGCUUUUGAAGAAACACCAAUGCUGGUUGCUGUGCUCACAUAUGUGGGGUAUGGCGUACUCACCCUCUUUGGAUACCUUCGAGAUUUCUUGAGGCAUUGGAGAAUUGAGAAGUGUCACCAUGCAACAGAAAGAGAAGAACAAAAGGACUUUGUGUCAUUGUAUCAAGAUUUUGAAAACUUUUAUACAAGGAACCUGUACAUGAGAAUAAGAGACAACUGGAAUCGGCCAAUCUGUAGUGUGCCUGGAGCCAGGGUGGACAUCAUGGAGAGACAGUCUCAUGAUUAUAACUGGUCCUUCAAGUAUACAGGGAAUAUAAUAAAAGGUGUUAUAAACAUGGGUUCCUAUAACUAUCUUGGAUUUGCACGGAAUACUGGAUCAUGUCAAGAAGCAGCCGCCAAAAUCCUAGAGGAAUAUGGAGUUGGAGUGUGCAGUACUCGGCAGGAAAUUGGAAACCUGGACAAGCAUGAAGAACUAGAGGAGCUUGUAGCAAGGUUCUUAGGAGUAGAAGCUGCUAUGGCGUAUGGAAUGGGAUUUGCAACGAAUUCAAUGAACAUUCCUGCUCUUGUUGGCAAAGGUUGCCUGAUUCUGAGUGAUGAGCUGAACCAUGCAUCACUGGUUCUAGGAGCCAGACUGUCAGGAGCAACCAUUCGAAUCUUCAAACACAACAAUAUGCAAAGCCUAGAGAAGCUAUUGAAAGAUGCCAUUGUUUAUGGUCAGCCUCGGACACGAAGGCCCUGGAAGAAAAUUCUCAUCCUUGUGGAAGGAAUAUAUAGCAUGGAGGGAUCUAUUGUUCGUCUUCCUGAAGUGAUUGCCCUCAAGAAGAAGUACAAGGCAUACUUGUAUCUGGAUGAGGCUCACAGCAUUGGCGCCUUGGGCCCCACAGGCCGGGGUGUGGUGGACUACUUCGGCCUAGAUCCUGAGGAUGUGGAUGUUAUGAUGGGAACAUUCACAAAGAGUUUUGGUGCUUCUGGAGGAUAUAUUGGAGGCAAGAAGGAGCUGAUAGACUACCUGCGCACACAUUCUCAUAGUGCAGUGUAUGCCACGUCAUUGUCACCUCCUGUAGUGGAGCAGAUCAUCACCUCCAUGAAGUGCAUCAUGGGGCAGGAUGGCACCAGCCUUGGUAAAGAGUGUGUACAGCAGUUAGCUGAAAACACCAGGUAUUUCAGGAGACGCCUGAAGGAGAUGGGCUUCAUCAUCUAUGGAAAUGAAGACUCUCCAGUAGUGCCUUUGAUGCUCUACAUGCCUGCCAAAAUUGGCGCCUUUGGACGGGAGAUGCUGAAGCGGAACAUCGGUGUCGUUGUGGUUGGAUUUCCUGCCACCCCGAUUAUUGAGUCCAGAGCCAGGUUUUGCCUGUCAGCAGCUCACACCAAAGAAAUACUUGAUACUGCUUUAAAGGAGAUAGAUGAAGUUGGGGACCUUUUGCAGCUGAAGUAUUCCCGCCAUCGGUUGGUACCUCUACUGGACAGGCCCUUUGACGAGACAACAUAUGAAGAAACAGAAGACUGAGCCUUUUUGGUGCUCCCUCAGAGGAACUCUUCCUCACCCAGGACAGCCUGUGGCCUUUGUGAGCCAGCUCCAGGAACCACACUUCUAUGGCCAUCUCAUGUGAAAGACAUUGCCUCAACUACUGAAGGUGGCCACCUCCACUCUAAAUGACAUUUUGUAAAUAGUAAAAAACUGCUUCAAAUCCUUCCUUUGCUAAGUCUCACCUUUAAAAACGAAGGUGACUCACUUUGCUUUUUCGGUCCAUUAAAAAAACAUUUUAUUUUGUAACCAUUCUACUUGUGAAAUCACACUGACCCUAGCCUGUCUCUGGCUAACCACACAGGCCACUCCCCCCUCCCAGCACCUCGCAGACUUGGGCCCAUCAAGAGCUACUGCUGGCGCUGUCUCCACAGCCUGGAGACUUACCUGGCCCUCCUCCCUAGGGAGCAAGUGCCUUCCACUUACUUCCCAUCCAGGUCUCAGAGGUGGCCAGCCUUGAAAUCCUUAUUUAACCAUUCAAGUAAUCAAUAGAAGUAUUCACCCUUUAAUCUUAAGUUUAGCCUUUUAAGAAAAACAGUAAGCGAUGACUGCUGAAAGACUUAUUGUGUAAUCUCCCAAGGGUUUGGUCUUAAUCCAUUUUGUUCUGGUCACCAGAUGAUUUCUUCCUUUACCAUCAAAUAUUUCUUCAUAAUGGUCACAGUCUGAGGAUGUGCGCAAAUUCUGGUUCUUGCCAAGCUCCAGCCAUAACACGUCCCACCCCGUUUUUUUUAAAGCACUUACUGUUUUCAAAGCACCCACAUGCCCCGCUGGUUAGAAGGCCACUCUCACAUCUGAGUGUUGGGUACAAAGCCGCUCCGUAGAGUGAUGUGCACUCCCGGUGGGUGAGGGGCAGGGGCAGUGUGGAAAGAAUUGAUUACUCCUUGCAGAGUCUGUGGCUUGCAUUUCCUACUGAUUUCUACGUUUGAAAAUUAUGACAGUCUCUGGCUGGGUCUGGGUCCAGAUUAGGAUUUAAACUGAUAAAGGAAAAUGGUGGUAAAUCCUCUGCUCAGAAAUCAUUUAUCAUGUUCCUAUUUAAGGAUUAGAUUUAUUAAUUUAGGCCUUUUGGAAGCUAACCCACUUAAAUAUUACUCUUCUGAAUGCUAGUUCUCUUUUAUUCUUGAUGUCCUAAGACAAUUGAAUCUGGCAUCUGGGGCUAGGGUCUGCCUGUCUACAUUUUUUUUCUUUUUUUUCUGAGAAAUUCUGAACACAUAGAUCUCUUUCCUAAACUGACAUUUUCUAUUUUGACUGUUUUCAUAUUAUAACCAGGUAAAGGGACUUUUUUCAGAGAGCUUUAUACUGCCUGACCAAAGAACAAAUCUGAAAAUCACCAUUUUAAAGUUCUUUUUUAGUUGAACCAAAGUGUAAGUGAAGCGGACUUUUGGCAUGGUUAUACCCAGGAUCCGCUUGUCCUUUUGUAUCCAUCAAGUGUUACAGGAGAAGGAUUGGGAACAGAAUGGAAAAGCAGUGUAUGAAAGUCAUGUUACAUACAGGCUGGGUGCGGUGGCUCACGCCUGUAAUCCUAGCACUUUGGGAGGCUGAGGCAGGUGGCUCACUUGAGGUCAGGAGAAUCGAGACCAGCCUGGCCAACAUGGUGAAACCCCGUCUCUACUAAAAAUACAAAAAAAUUAGCCAGGCAUGGUGGCAGGCGCCUGUAAUCCCAGCUACUCGGUAGGCUGAGGCAGGAGAAUCGCUUGAACCCAGUAGGCGGAGAUUGCAGUGAGAUGAGAUCAUGCCACUGCACUCUAGCCUGGGUGACAGAGUGAAACUGUGUCUCAAAGUAAAAGUCAUGUUACACAUUUUAGUUUUUGAAAUUGCUCCUUUUAUUGGUAAAGAUUAUCAAUCCAAAUUCUCCUGGGUGUCUUGUCAUCAGCUGUGGUAUGUUUGUGUACAUUACAUGUAGCAGAGGAUGUAAGCAAUAUUAUUGUUUGUGAAGUUUUGUUUUUAAUGUCUUGAGUAUAAAUUUAUUCACUGUCAGCAUCCGCGAGCUUUAAUAAGCCCCUGAGAUAUUCCAAAGUUUUAUUUUACUUUUUUAAAGAACAGAAAAAGAUGAAUGAAAGAACCAAGGAGAGAUGCAGAGACUAUAUUUAGCAUGUAUAGGUUAAAGUAAGAAGGAGGUCGUGGUAACUAAAUAAGGAGUACUAUAAAAUCAAAUACAUUGUCAACCGUUCCUGCACAUCUAAUUUCCUAGCAUAGAAUCCCUCUGGAAUACCAGAUAGCCUUUGCACUGCAGUUACUAUUUAAUAAUGUAAAUGUAGGGUUUUUAAAAGUCACAGACUUAUAAGCAAUGAACUUACCUGCUGGUCUUUUUAUUUUGGCUUGCAUGAAGUCACUGCAAAACUUUGUUGGUACAAAGUUACUUCAAGAUAAGUGUGAUUUUGUUACAAGUUUAUUUUGAAGAGCCAAACCUCCUGUGAUCUAUCCAGGACCUCUGUACUUUCUAAAGAACAAAAUGUUAUGUAUACAUUA